AUGCCCACACCUGUGCUUCUGGGGGACCUGAGCACCCCAUCUGAUGGGACUGCGAGAUCUCCAUUUCCAUCCAAGGGAUGUCACCUUCAGUGGCCACAUAGGGAAGUGUGCUGUAUGGAGAAGCAGAAGUCGCCGCCGCCGCUGAGCCCUGGCGACCUGACGUCGGUCCUGUUCCCGAGGUUGCUCAUACUUCUGUUCUCCCGCAUGGACUGCCCUCCAGAUGCGGAGGACUUCAGAGCCCAGCGGUGUUCAGCCUACAGUGAUGUCCAGGAUGAGGGGCGUUAUCAUGAGUGGCUUCCGCAGUACAAUGAUCCUGCUGCCCCCUGCACGCUGAAGUGUCACGCACGGGGACAAAACGUGGUCGUGGAGCUGGCGCCCGAGGUCCUGGAUGGAACGCGUUGCAAUGCUGACUUCUUGGACAUGUGUGUCAGCAGCAUCUGUCAGCUUAUUCUUGCUCAAGUCUCCAACAUUGCAGAAGCAGUGUCGCCGACUUUCCUCAGUGUCAGUGGGCAGGACAGCCGUGGUCCCCUCCUGGGGCCCUUGCAGACCAGUUCCAUGUUGCUUGUGAGGGUCCCGAGGGAUGGACAGUGCCCCCCACAGAGAGGGGCUGCCAAGGGGGUCUCCUCCAAUCACCCCUCGGUGUGUGGGGACGUGUCUCGGGUGCCCCUCUGGAUGGACGUGCAGAUAGAUGACAGUGUCUGGGUGGGAUCAGGGCUGGGCUGGGGCGGGGUCAGGCGAGGGUCAGGGCAGGGUCAGGCAGGGCGGGCGGGGGGCGGUGGGGGGCAAGGUCAGGCCAGCGUCAGCACCCUGGCAAUGGGCGUGGAGGCGGGGUUCCCCCAAGGCCCAGGGCAGCCUGCAGGGAUCCUGUGGCUACUGCUGCUGCCCGUGGCCACCCUGGAGCUGCGAGGGGCCCCGGUCACAGCCACGGCUGCCUCUGGCCCGGCGGCGGGUGCGGGGGGCGCGGCGGGGGGCGGCGCUCUGGCUCCCGAAGCACAGCGGUUGGCCCCGGGAGCCACAGGCAGCAGGGGAGUCUCCACAGGGUGCGGGAAACGCAAGUUGAUGGGGAAGAUCUUCGGUGGCCAGGAUGUGGUGCCUGGCCAGUGGCCUUGGCAGGCCAGCUUGCAGUACCAAGGCUCGCAUGUCUGUGGAGCUGUCCUCAUUAACUCCAGCUGGCUUGUUUCUACCGCCCACUGCUUUCUCAAAAAAUCCCACGCCCCGGAGAACUACCGGGUUGUGUUAGGAAACGCCGAGCUGCACCAGCGCACCCAGCACACCCGAGAGAUGCCCCUGAGGCGGAUUAUCACCCACCCAGACUUUGAGAAGUUCCAUCCCUUCGGGAGUGACAUAGCCAUGUUGCAGCUGCUCUUUCCUGUGAACUUCACCUCCUACAUCAUCCCUGCUUGCCUCCCAGUCCCUGGCAUGCAGCUACCCAGUAACUCAUCCUGCUGGAUAACUGGCUGGGGGAUGCUCAAGGAGGAAACGCCUCUGCUCGAAUCCUUCCAUCUCCAGGAGGGUAAGGUGGGCUUCAUCGAGAACAAGUUCUGUAAUAUAUUAUACGGACUUAGAAAAGGCAAGAACGUCUCUGUGCAUGAGGACAUGCUGUGUGCUGGGGACUUCUCGACAGGAAAGGCCGUCUGCCAAGGCGAUUCUGGGGGGCCCCUUGUCUGUGACUUUGCAAGUGCCUGGGUUCUGAUGGGGCUGGCCAGCUGGGGCUUGGACUGCCGGCAUCCCAUCUACCCCAGCAUCUUCACCAACGUCACCCACUUCACCGAGUGGAUCGACGAGGUCCAGAGACUCACGGCUCUCCCUGAACCCAUGCCUCUCCCUGAGCCCACGUCCGCUCCUCCUCAGACCCAGUUUCCACACCAGUCUCUGCAGGCUGCUGCCUCACCGGGGCCCAGUACAGCCUUUGCGCCUCCACAGACCCUGCCACUGCUGCUGUUGGUGCUCGGGGCCCUGCGGCAGGCCCUGCGAUGA